UUCUGGAGUUGAGUCUUCGGAUGAAUGGUUCUCCUGCCCGCUGGUGGUGCCCACUGCAAGAGGAAAACAGAGCAUUUCCUCCUUUACUGUCCAUGUUUUUAUUCAAGAAACACGCCCUACAAAAUACGUUUAGCUUCCUAACCUGUAAAGGACUACAUUGACGCUUAUGAGCUGUGACUCUACUUCCCGCUGACCGGUAUAUUCCUCCAGUAUGAGCAAGGAAGAUAUUUUUGAUGCAGUUGAUGCCCUAGAGCUGCAGAAAUAUGCUACAGGUGAAGCAGAGGGGAUCGAGGAAGGAAAGCAGAAGCAUCAUCUUGUGGGAUUUACAUUUGGCUGGCAGCAGGCAUGCCACAUUCUUCAGGAGCUAGGACGUAUAGAAGGUCUUUUAGGCAGUGUACUGCUGAAUUGUGAAUCAAAACUAGACCCCAGGCUUCAAAAUCAAAUUAUCAAACUUCUGGCAACCAUCAGAGAUUGGCCAAAUUGGGAUGCAUCUUCUGAAGAUAAAAUGGAAGAAAAACUGACAGCAAUUCAUACUAAAAGCCGACAUAUUCUUCAUCGGCUGAAGAUCCCCUCAAAAGUGGUUGAAAGAAGCGUUGAUGGUGAUUUUUAAUAUAAAUUAAAAUGGGAAGUUUUAUGAUUUAAUUAUUUAAGUAUAUUACUGAAAUAUGCAAAAAUGUCGUUCGACACGAGGAAUUUAAUUAUUGUAUAUAGUUUACAUUAAAACUAAUAUUUUAGAAAAUAUAUAUGUAAUUAAUUUUUGAACAAUAAUUAUAAUAACAGAGUGGAAAGGUAAAAAUAUAAAAGCAGCCUAUCAGUAGUAAAAGCCUGCCACCCCUAUAUUUUCCUACCAUUCUCUAUAUUUUUUUUUUUUGUAUUUUGUCAUUUUAUUUUAUUUAAAACUUCAUUACAAAAAUAUGGUUACAUGCAAGGUACAAGGCUAGUAAUCACAGGUUGUCGAGUUACUCUAACUCCUCAGAUGGCUGGCAGGAACCAUGGAUGCAGUGUGCAUUUCCUCUCCAUAUCGCCACACUCAGGCGCUGAAAGAGGAAACUGGCAGCUCUAGGGUCCCCAGUUGUUUUAAUUAGCUUAGAACCCAGCUCCUUCAAAAAACUAGUAGCACUUUUAUCCCAGGCACCAAGUGUCUCUGAGGCAAUGGUGACAAAAUUGUAGUGGUGGUCAAGAUCUCUGUAUUUACAAGACUUGGCUACUUCCUGGUGAAUGGCACCACCGCUUGGAUGUGCAACACUGAAGUCAUCAUAGGUGUUUUUCAUAUAUAUAUAUAUAUAUAUUAAGGGUACCACCUCUGGUGCAAUUGUAGGGACCCAUAGCCUCAGAGAAGAAAUUAUAGAGUAU